UCCGAAAGGCCUACGUUCUGUGUGGGCUGAGAAGUUGACGUUUCCGUUGACUCCUGCCGAGGAGCAACCAGACUCAACAGAAGGGGCUGGGCCCAAAGUGGAGAAAUUUCGAGAAUGGUGGACGAGAGGAGCUGUAGAGAGGAAUUACAAAACCCCGACCGGGGCGCGGCGAGGUGGGGUCCACAGCACGCCGGUGCCCGAGAAUUGGCCACUUUAUAUUCGCCAGGCAAAAGAUGUCAAGAGUGGGUUAGUGUCCUCCUGUGCUUCUCUCUCAUGGCCUUCAAUUUCAUUCACCUUCUUGCCAAUUUCCACCUGGGGCAUUUGUGGUACAUCCUGUUGGGUAUUGCGUCAGGAAUCCUCACUGCAGACUUUGCCUCAGGCCUUGUUCAUUGGGGGGCUGACACGUGGGGAUCGGUGGAUCUUCCCAUCUUCGGAAAGGCCUUCAUCCGACCCUUCAGAGAGCACCAUAUUGACCCCACAGCCAUCACCCGUCACGACUUCAUUGAGACCAACGGCGACAACUGCAUGUUGACCAUCGUCCCGCUCGCCAACAUGGCCUUCAACUUCCUCACCCUCUCCCCUGCUGAGAUUUACCAUCUCUACCCGUGGUACUGCUACCUUUUUGCACUCGGCAUCUUCGUGACCCUCACCAACCAGAUCCACAAGUGGUCCCACACGUACUUCGGCCUUCCGCGCUGGGUGGUGUUCCUGCAGGACUGCCACAUCAUCCUUCCCCGCAAGCACCACCGCAUCCAUCAUGUCUCCCCGCACGAGACGUACUUCUGCAUCACUACAGGUUGGCUCAACUACCCCCUGGAGAAGGUGGGCUUCUGGAGGUACCUGGAGGAUCUUAUCCAAGGGGUCACGGGAGAGAAGCCCAGGGCUGAUGACCUUAAAUGGGCUCAUAAAGUCAAGUAACAUCGCAGGCUAACUUCACCCUACCUCAGAAGACCCCCCUGCCCUGUUUUGCCUCACCGUAAUCUAUACGAAGACAAACUAACAGGUUCUGAUGCCAUAGCUUUAACUCUUGCACAUUUUCUGUUUUUCAAGAGGAUAUAUAUUUUUUUCAUUAUACACGAUGGAGAUCAUCAUUUCAAAACGGCAACAUAUUUUAACAACUAACUGCUCACAUUUUUGAAACUGCACCGAAAGUAAGGUCAGAUCACUUUCUAAGGAGAUUAUCACAGAGGGGGAAAAUCAGGAGUACUCCCGGAGUUUCGUCUUUUAAUUUGGAUUCCAUUUCACGUGGAUGCGCUCAUCCUGAAUCUGAAAGUCUUUAUUUACUGGCACCUAAUCCAUGGUCUCUUUGAUGCUCAAGCGCUCCAUUCAAAUUUUGAUUAUGGAAAGAAAUGGAGAGGAACAAAAAAUGCUUAACCAAUGUUGAUAGCAAGAGAAAAAGAAAUAUGAAUAACUGCAGGUACAUUUCAAUAAAUUACAAUAUCGUAGAAAACUCCAUUUAUUUCAGUACUCAUACAUUGUAAAGAGUCAUUGAAAGCUUAGGGGAAAAACUUUUUAGAGGGCAAAUUCCUGCCUAAUUUCUACAUUAAAAAUAAUUUACAUUUUCUCUUGAUUGUUUGUUACGUAAUAUUCUGGUUUCUAGAGAUGGUGAAUUUUCGGCUUUCGUUUGCUGUAAGCUAAAAUCAUCAAAAUUAUACAUUUGUAAGAAAAACAAAAUCAUUAAAUAUUUCACUCUG